AUGGCGGCGACAGCCUUCUCCACGCCACCAGCAGCACUUCUCCGCCUUGAGGAGAACCCCGUCGUCCUGGGCAAAGAUGAGGGUAGCGUUGGUGUUGGAAUGAUGGAGAAGUGGGCCUUGAGCCUUGGGGAUCAUUGCCCGCCAGAUGAGGACGACCGAGAUCUCGCCAUUUUGAUACCAAGGCAAUAUCCACCCACUGGCUCACACACCGGCUCGCCGGUUCUGCUCGGGGAGGCUAGCAAGGCUCCGAGCUCGAGGCUUUACAACAGCCCGCCGAUCGACCGGAAGAUAAGCAAGCCGUUAUGUCGCUACCCUCUUCGUGCGGCAGCUACUGCUGGCGGCUGA